ACUCCUCAGUCCUCACCACCUAUCUUUGCCGUCAACACCAACCAGCAGAAUCCAGCAUCUUGUUCUGAAGCCUUCAGGACCGAGAAGGUACUCAAGAUUCGCUCGAUGGCGGCGGAGUCUUGGUGGUGCUGGCCGCUGUCUGCGUGGCUCAGCUCUGGCAUGGCGUGCUUCCUCUUCUUCAACGCCAUCGUCUGCGUCGUGGCCGUGUUGUCCUGGGGGCGUGCCGGCGGCGAUGCAACACUGUCGGCCAGGCGCAAGAGGCUCACCCGCAGCGCGUCGUCCAUGGUCAUGGAGCGCCUCCGAUCCAUGUCGACCAUCUUCUCCUUCAACUACUAUGUGGACGAGUACGACAGCAUCACGCCGCCGGAGUCGCACCCCCACCACUUGCAAGGGUACUACUGCGCGUCUCAAGAAGAAAGGAGAGAGGAGAUGAGUCAGGCGGCGAGCGAGGAGGAGCCGGAGCCACUCGUAGCGGUGGCCGAAAGCAGGACGACGACCAUGGCUCGACCGAAACCGAGCGUGUCUAUUGCAUCAGCAGCAGCAGCGGAAGUAUGUGCAGCGACGUCGACGACAGGAAACGGGAAGGAAGAUCCAGAGACACAGGAGGAGAUGGCAACGCCAGACCCGGCCGCCGCCAAGGGCGCCGCUACGUUGGAAAGGCUGAGGAAGUGGAAGGUGCCGGGUAUCGUCGAACGGCGAGCGUUUGCAGAGAUCGAAGAGAUGGCGGAGGUGAACGCGCGGGCCGAGCGGUUCAUCCGGCAGUUCCGGGAGGAUCUCAAGCUCGAGCGCCUCAACUCCAUUCUUGCGAGAAAAUGUUGAUUUCUUUGCUUAGCUAGAUCAAUACUUCCCCUUAAAGGCACUUAUGGAAAGAGCGUGGCCGCAGGGUCUUUGAAGGAAAAGCAUGCAACGCCAUGGCGUAGCGCUUGCUGCGCAGAUUAGGGACGAAGUUGUUGUAGUUGUUACAGGGCAAAUGCUGCAAUGUUUUUUUGGUUGUUUUCCCUCUCGCCUUUUGGUGAGCUCGUACAGUUUUCCCCCUUCUACAAAUGAAAAAAAAAAGCAGAGCUCCUGCAAAAAUGCUU